AUAAUUUUGUGGCAUUAUAAUCAUAUUUACAAAGUGUGAUUGAUUUUGUGUAAUUGUAAAAGUUGGUAAAAAAAACACGUUAGUGUUUUUAACAAUUUAGCUGUACAAUCAUUCGAAAUGCCUCCUAAGAAGCCGGAGAAAGGAGCUAAGGGUGGAAGUUCCAAAGGUGGAGCUGCAGGAAAAUCAGCUGGUGAUUCAAAAGAAUCUGGUGCCAAGGAGAAAAAAGGCGGAGCAGCUGUCAAAGUACGUCACAUAUUGUGCGAAAAACAAUCAAAAUGUUUGGAGGCCCUGGAAAAAUUGAAGGCAGGACAGAAGUUCCCCGAUGUAGCGGCAGCGUACAGUGAGGACAAGGCUCGGCAGGGUGGUGACCUGGGUUGGAUGACUCGCGGUUCCAUGGUAGGCCCUUUCCAAGAUGCUGCUUUUGCCUUGCCUGUUUCGUCGGUCACCAACCCGGUUUACACUGAUCCCCCAAUAAAAACAAAGUUUGGCUAUCAUAUAAUAAUGGUAGAAGGGAAAAAAUGACAGAAAAAAUGGUGUUUGAGUUUGAGUACUUCUGGGCCAUACUUUUGUUGUUCAUUAUGGAAAGAAUUUGCUGCCUGCAGGAGCAGUUUGAUAAAGAUUUCUCCAUUCUGCCAGACAUACAGAGGUCCAAUGACUCUUUGCAAUCUAACAUUGAAGAUUUUUCCAAUAGAGAUUCAGGAUUAAAACUAAGUUUCCACCGUUUGUGUCGCUUAAUGCAUGUGACGAUGCUCCUAACUCUUGUAUACUUCUGCAAUAUCUGCAUAUGGUUCAUAAUGAGCAAGCCAGGCACAUCAAAGGCCCCGAGGUAUAGGUUCCGCAUCAGCAUCCCCUCGUCAUAACUUUUUAAGAAAAAAUUUGUUGUUAAGUAAAUAAUGAAAUAAAUGCAUUUAUACUGUUCCCUAAAA